GGAGGCGGCCGCGGCCUGGGCAGGGGCCGGGGGAGCGGCGCGGCGGGAAAUGGCGGCCGGGCCGGGCUGAGCGAAGGGGCCGGAGCUGCACCAUGAGGCUGCUGCGCGCCCUUCUGCGCGGCGCUGCCGCGGGCAGCGCCUCCCCGAGCAACAUCCCCCAGCAGGUGGACUUCUACUCACGCUUCUCGCCCUCGCCACUCUCCAUGAAGCAGUUUCUGGACUUCGGAUCUGAAAAUGCUUGUGAAAAGACAUCAUUUAUGUUUCUGCGACAAGAGUUGCCUGUGAGAUUGGCAAACAUAAUGAAGGAAAUAAGCUUGCUUCCAGACAACCUCCUAAGAACACCUUCAGUUCAGCUGGUGCAGAGCUGGUACGUCCAAAGUCUUCAGGAGAUUCUUGACUUUAAGGACAAAAGCUCAGAAGAUUCAGGGGCUAUUCACAGUUUUACAGACACUGUGAUAAAAAUCCGGAAUCGCCACAACGAUGUGAUUCCAACGAUGGCUCAAGGAGUAAUAGAGUACAAGGAGAGCUUUGGCAUUGACCCAGUGACCUCGCAGAACGUGCAGUAUUUUCUAGACCGCUUCUACAUGAGUCGCAUUUCAAUCAGGAUGCUCCUUAAUCAACACUCUUUGCUUUUUGGUGGGAAAAUUAAUCCAGCUCAUCCAAAACACAUUGGAAGCAUCGAUCCUAACUGCAAUGUUGUUGAAGUUAUUAGAGAUGGCUAUGAAAAUGCCAAGAGGCUUUGUGAUUUAUAUUACAUGAGCUCUCCAGAACUUAUCCUUGAAGAGUUGAAUGCUAAGUCACCAGGACAGCCCAUGCAAGUGGUGUAUGUGCCAUCACAUCUCUACCACAUGGUUUUUGAACUUUUCAAGAAUGCAAUGAGAGCCACCAUGGAACAUCAUGUCGAUCGAUGCAUUUAUCCUGCAAUUCAUGUACACAUCACGUUGGGAAAUGAGGAUUUAACUGUGAAGAUGAGUGACCGUGGUGGUGGUGUUCCUAUGAGGAAAAUUGACAGACUCUUCAACUAUAUGUAUUCAACAGCACCACGGCCUCGAGUUGAGACAUCACGAGCUACACCUUUGGCUGGAUUUGGUUAUGGCUUACCCAUAUCACGUCUGUAUGCACAGUACUUCCAAGGAGACCUGAAACUCUAUUCCUUAGAAGGCUAUGGUACAGAUGCAGUUAUUUACAUCAAGGCCUUAUCAACAGAAUCAAUUGAAAGACUCCCUGUAUACAACAAAGCAGCCUGGAAGCAUUAUAAGGCAAACCAUGAAGCCGAUGACUGGUGUGUGCCAAGCAGCGAGCCAAAGGACAUGACCACUUUCCGCAGCAGGUAGCUUUUUCCUCAGCACCUCCUAAGAAGUAGGUUUGUCUAAAGGGAAUUUAGAAGACCUAAUUUAUACCAAGAUGUUGAGCAACUUUGAUACAUAAAAAUCAUUUUAAGUGGUGUAACAGAAAAUUCAGUGUAUUUAGGCUUUUCUGAAAUUAAAAAAACAACAGCUGCCAAAACCCCCAACCUGCACUUACAAAGAAAGGUCAUACUUCAUUUGUUUCACUUUCUGUUUAUGACUGCUUUCAGAGCUAAGUAAAGGAGCAAUAUUUUGGUUUAUAUAGGGAUCAAUGCAACAGCUGUCACAUCUGGUAUUAAUUUGUAUGAUUACAAAAUUUUAUUAGAAGAACUAUUGAAAAAGCUCACUGGAACAUUCUUCCAUUAUACAAUUAAUUCUACAGAUUAAUUAAAAACUUGUGUGAGAAAUAUCAAGCUCAUUGCUAUACCUCUUCAACUGUAUGGCACUUUCUUUUAUCUUUAGCAUGCUGAAGCUUAAUUUUGCAAAGUUAGAUAUGUUGCCUACAUCCACUGCCUACAUCAAGAGUUUUUUUUCAGCUGUAGAAAUCACACAUCUCUGUAGGGAUAAAAUUUUUUAAAAAGCGUUUUUAACUGCUACUACUGCUAUAUUGUAUCUCAGGUAUGUGGCAUUGGUUGUAUCUUUUUGGUUGUAAUGUGAAUAUAUAAUGGAUGUGAAAAACUUACCUUGCCCUGAUCAUUGUGAAUUAAAAACUAGCAUGGCUUGUGUACAGUAGAGAAAUGUUGUCUUGCAUUUGCCUGUAUUUCUGUAGGUCAUACCGAAAUGCAGUAUCAACAUUCUAGCCUUCGUAAGACUUGGGUAUGCCAGGUACAGCUGUAAAUGGAAACUAUUUUAAUAAACAGAUUUUUAAAAUUUGUCUGUAAUAGGGCAUCUCUAUUACUUCGACAGUAUAAGCUACCUUCUCAGGAGUGUAAGUAAGAAUAAGUGGAAUUAACAGUUUUUGAAAAUACCUUUGCAUUUGUGAUAUACUUCUGGCCUCGUUUUUGUAGUAACGGGAAGUCACACUUCAACAUAAACAUGAUAACCACAAUAUGUUAAUCCAAGACAAAUCAGAACAUACAGGGGAACAUGGAGAGGACAGUGAAUCUCACAUUUCAGAUACAGAGUCCUUUUAAUAAAGAAUUCAACUUAAUGCCUACUGUAUGAGCUUUGUUCAACUCGCACACCUCUGUGUUGCACCUCAAUCCCUGUCAUUCCUGAACAUUUUUGGAAUGAUGCAGUUAAAAGCCAUUGAGUCCUAAUCCUUUUCUCAGUUAACUAAACCACAUGUAAUUCUGUGGGUUUUGUUCUGUAGCAGACAUGCAUAAUCCCUCUCAGAAACAGUAAGCCCAGCUUUUGCUAGUUUCCUAUCUCUGCACAAAACAGAAGGUGAGAUACCACAAGUGAAGGGGACAGGUGGGAUGUUGGAAAUUGAAGUCAUGUUUCUCUAGUUGUAGCUGAGCCAGGUUCAGGGUUUAUCACCUGCUACCUCCCUAGCCAAGUUCUGCAGAACAGUGAAAUGGUUUUAUGCCCUGGUUAAGCUAACGUAGAUAACUUUAACAGAGUGCAUUACAGACUGGGCUGUAUACACAGUUAAACUGACAGUCUGGGAGAGGAUCAUUGUAUCUUAAUGCCACCAGAGCAGUAGGGUUACCUAUUCCACUCAAGCUUGUGGACACCUUGGGGCCCCUCUUUUUCUUCCUUACAAGGAUGUGAGGUGGUAACUGGCACACCUUUCAAUCUGCAUGGCUACAAGUGAAGAGAACUGAGAGCUGUUCCCUUCUUUGGCCCUGCAAGAGGAUGUCAGAAAUGCCAUGCAGUGUAAAACAGGGCCUGUACAAAUUUUGGAAGGGACACUUGCAGCUAUUGUUUUUUCUAAGCCAAAGCUGAAAAUUACAGCAAGGGCUUUUAAAAACUCAGGUCUGAAGUUGAGCAUUCUAACCUUUAAAUCUUUUAACUAACUCAGUUGAUUUUAGUAACAUCAGACAACUCCAAGUGGUAUUUCUGAAGAAAAUCUACAAAGUCCAUUAAGUAUUUUAAAUAUUACUAUAAUAAAAUCUCUUUCACAUUCUCAGCUAACUACCAAAUUGAAUUCUGAUUACUAGAGCAACUUGCUGUAUAAUUAGAUUUGUAGUUAUCUCUUUACCUGUCACCCCAAAUUAUUGUGGUGAAAACACAAACGCGUAGUGUUUUGAUUUACAGUAUGUAAUCCUAGUUAAAAAUUUGGUGACUUUUGGUUUAAAUAGAAGUGGAGAAGACAACUUUUCUAUUUAAUAUUUUCAAUACUACACUGAAGUCAUUGCGAGCACACUGGUUAAGUUGAAGUGAAUCACUACAAUAAAGUAGUACACUGUCAAAAUGCUGAGAUUAAUAGUUUUGUAUGCAAAUUAGCUUUCUUGCACUGUACAAUUAAUCUUGGUUUGUGUUAAUUUUUGAAGAAUUGCUGGAUUUAUUCAUUAAAACUACUGUAAAAAGGAAA